AUGAGUCCAAACGCCACAGACUCGAGUACCAUACUCAGGGAGGAGAGAAAAAUGCCCAACGGUUGUGCAAAUGGAUGGUCGAGCAUGUCGGAUUCGGCCGAGAAGCAGUGUUGGAAAGGUCAAGCGUUUCUCAAAAUCAACGAAAUCGUCGGCAUGGUCAAGUACUACGGUUUGCGGGCGUACAUAGUAUUUUGGCACGAGCUGUCGAUGAACCCUAGGGUGAGGAGCAGUCCGUUCAGCCCGCCGCCCGCCGACGAAUUGGUCUUGUCGGCUGACGAAGUAUUCUCUACGAGGCGCCGACGUUUAUUCUUCACAAGCAUCCACUUGCUGGCCCUGGCCGGUCUCUACUUCUGCGUCACGGGCCAGGUGAAGCUGUACACCGUACUGUUCGCGCUCGCGGUCGGCAUCAUGUCGUCGAUCGGCGUGACGGCCGGCUCGCACAGGCUGUGGUCGCACCACGCGUACAAGGCCAAGCUGCCACUGCGCAUCAUCCUGGCUCUGUUCCAGACGGUGGGUGUCCAGUACAGCAUUUACAACUGGGUGCGCGACCACCGGCUGCACCACAAGUACACGGACACGGACGCGGACCCGCACAACUCGAACCGCGGGUUCUUCUACUCGCACGUCGGCUGGGCGCUCAUGUUGCCGCACCCGGCGUUCGAGUCCAAGGUGUCGUCGGUGGACAUGACCGACAUGGAGUCGGACUGGGUGGUCAUGUGGCAGUACAAGCUGUACGCGCCGCUGGCCGCCGUCCUGUCGUACGCGCUGCCCACCUUCGUGCCGUGGUGGCUGUGGGGCGAGGACCUACUGGUCGCUCACCUGGUGGCCGCCCAGCUCCGGCAAGUGCUCACUCUGCACUCCACGUUCCUCAUCAACAGCGCCGCUCACAUGUGGGGACUCAAGCCGUACGACAAGAACAUCAACCCCACCGAGAACAUGUUCGUCUCGGUGGCCACUUGCGGCGACGGCUGGCACAACUAUCACCACACGUUCCCCUGGGACUACAAGAACGCCGAGCUGCUCGACUACAAGCUGAACCUAUCCACGCUGUUCAUCGACGCGUUCUCGCUGAUCGGUUGGGCGUACGACCUGAAGACCGUGCCCGCCGAACUGGUGAACAAGCGGGCCCUGCGCACCGGCGACGGUACGCGCAAGCAGCCGGCCACCGACUCGGCGACGGGCAACGGCGACGACGUACCGACGGCGCCGGCGGCGUGCACGAACGUGUACGGCUGGUCCGACACCGAUAUGCCAGACGAGGACCGCCGAAUGGCUCAAAUAUACAAGAAAAGCGAUUAG